GCAGGCACCCAUGGCGGGCUGAGUCCUACCCCAUGCCCUGCACGCACUAUGCAAAGCCCAACGUUUUCCAGAGGGGUUUUUGGGCUCAUCACUGGACUGGGGAGGGCUAGACAUGGGGUCCCCACAGCUUGCCCCACACCACCUUCACACCCACACCCAGCAGGUCCCCGUGGGGCCAGGGCAGGCUGUGGCCGCCUGCACUGCGCUGUUGCUCUGUCCCAGCUGGCUGGCUCCGGGUGUGGAGCACUCUGGGUUGGGGCCGCUGGGGCGCACACAGUGGGGUGACCGGCGGCCUGGCUGCAGAAACGUUGCACCCGUGUCUGAGGUGGGAGGGCGUGAUGACGCGCCCCACGCAGCGGGAACCCAGGCCUUUAAAAAGCCCAGGAAACAGCCUCAGCACAAGCGGUGGCUCCACUGGAGGAAAGCACACCCGAGUCUCACAUUAAAGAAGCCAAACUGUCGGCUUCAAAGCGAAAAGGCAACAUCCUGUCACAGGCCAUGCUCUGGCAAAAACCCACAGCUCCAGAACAAGCCCCAGCCCCGGCCCGGCCAUACCAGGGCGUCCGUGUGAAGGAGCCAGUGAAGGAACUGCUGAGGAGGAAGCGAGGCCAUGCCAGCAGCGGGACAGCACCUGCACCCACGGCGGUGGUGCUGCCCCAUCAGCCCCUGGCGACCUACACCACAGUGGGUCCUUCCUGCCUGGACAUGGAGGUCUCUGCAUCUGCAGUGACGGAGGAGGGUGCCCUGUGUGCUGGCUGGCUCUCCCAGCCCACCCCGGCCACCCUCCAGCCCCUGGCCCCAUGGACACCUUACACCGAGUAUGUGCCCCAUGAAGCUGUCAGCUGUCCCUACUCAGCUGACAUGUAUGUGCAGCCCGUGUGCCCCAGCUACACGGUGGUGGGGCCCUCCUCAGUGUUGACCUAUGCCUCUCCGCCACUCAUCACCAAUGUCACGACAAGAAGCUCCGCCACACCCACAGUGGGACCCCCGCUGGAGGGCCCAGAGCACCAGGCACCCCUCACCUAUUUCCCGUGGCCUCAGCCCCUUUCCACGCUACCCACCUCCACCCUGCAGUACCAGCCUCCGGCCCCAGCCCUGCCCGGGCCCCAGUUUGUCCAGCUCCCCAUCUCUAUCCCAGAGCCAGUCCUUCAGGAGAUGGAAGACCCGAGGAGAGCCGCCAGCUCACUGACCAUCGACAAGCUGCUUUUGGAGGAAGAGGAUAAUGAUGCCUACGCGCUCAACCACACUCUCUCUGUGGAAGGCUUUUAGGGGUGGUUCCCACCUGAGUCCUGUUCCCUGAAACUGGGAUUUUAAAUUGAGCCUGGAAUUGAGCCCCAGGUUCAUGCCUGUUUGGAGUAGCUAUAUGAUAACUACACUUUCUACCCACAGCUAGAAUUGUAGACCUGUAAACCUUCCUUCCCUUCUUCCUUCCCUUCCCU